ACUGACUUUGACAUGUUUACAAUUCUUUUUCUAAAUGACAUAUUCCAAUAUCCUGAAUAAACACAUGUCAGAACUGAAAGUAAUGCUGAGUUUUUAUGAGGGCCAUGAUGUCAUUUGAGAGCUCUUUAUAUUCAGGUCCCAGUGGAGCGGGCUUACUGAGGAAAAGGAAGAGAAAGAAGAAAGGACUGAGAGAAAACGUUUUUCCUUCGCACAGCCUACGUUCAUGAUGAAGCUUUACGGAGUUCUUGUCCUGUUUGUAACUUUUUCUGUUGCAUCCGGAUUGAGAUGCUACCAAUAUACAACAGCUGAACCCAAUACCUGCACAGGUGUUCUAACUUGUCCUUAUGGUUUCGACCGAUGUGCUUCUUUGAUGACAAAUGGACUGAUUGACAGGGGCUGCUGGAAAAAGGCAGAUUGCAUUUCUCCCAUUCAGUGCUGUGACAAGGACUUGUGCAACGGUGCCGUACCAACUGGACCUGGUGUCACCCUGCUGCUCCUGUCUUCAGCCCUUAUGAUGCUCUUUAUUUAAGGCUCUGAAAUCAUGAUCCUGUUCUGGUUUAUUGCUUUGUCUAUUAACAGUUACGCUAAGUUGACAGCAAACAUGCAAUCAGGACAGAUAUGCAGCAUUUAUAUUCAUCAUGUAAAACACAUACGUCUCUUUUAAA